UGCAUGCAAGAAUAUAUAGAAACAAACAAGCAGGGAAAAUUCCAGGAAGCUUCAAUUAUUUAACAUGAAACCUUAUCUUGGAUUGUGUUCUCUAAUAAGGUUUUGUCUUAUAAAUAUUCAAAUGAUCAACCUAAUUAAGUACUCAUGCCUUGUGUGUUUCCUUAGUGUACUUUUCUUUUUCUUUUUCUUUUUUCAUACGUAGCUAUUACUAUAGCUACGAUCAACACAAUAUUUAAUUAAUUAUGGAUCGCUACUCACUGCAUGAGGAAGUCUCGAGCAUGGAAAAUGGACAUGCCAGUAAGAAGGAGAUGAAUGGUAAAACUCCGCAGAAUGUAUCUUCUCCAAUCAUGCGUAAAGAAUCAGACCCAGUUCUUGUUUCAAGUGUUCGAUUCCAAAUGCUCGGAAGUUUCUUGGCCAACUUGCAAGAAGUUGUUCUUGGUACUAAGCUUGCUGUCCUCUUCCCUGCCAUUCCCCUUGCAAUUGUUGCUGAUUUUUAUAGCUUUGGCAGACCAUGGCUGUUUGCUUUGAGCUUGCUCGGACUCACUCCACUUGCCGAACGUGUCAGCUUCCUCACUGAACAAAUUGCCUAUUAUACCGGUCCAACAGUUGGAGGGCUCCUUAACGCAACAUGUGGUAAUGCAACCGAGCUUAUAAUAGCACUGUUUGCUCUUUACCAAAACAAAAUACUUGUUUUGAAGUACUCCUUACUGGGUUCAAUUUUGUCGAAUCUCCUUCUUGUUCUUGGGAGUUCUCUCCUCUUUGGAGGCUUGGCUAAUCUGAGAAAGGAACAAAGAUACGAUAGAAAACAGGCUGAUGUGAACGCGCUACUUCUGUUAUUGGGUCUGCUGUGCCACCUAUUGCCACUAAUGUUCAGAUAUGCUUUGGGGGAAGGCAUAGCUACUGCCCACUACACUCUUCAGCUGUCUAGAGCUAGCAGCAUCGUUAUGCUUAUAGCUUAUAUUGCAUAUAUUGUCUUCCAGCUUAAAACUCAUAGGCAACUAUUUGAAUCUCAAGAGGAAGUAGACGAAGAAGAGGAAGAAAAAGCAGUGAUAGGAUUUUGGAGUGCAUUUUCUUGGUUGGUUGGCAUGACACUGAUCAUUGCAUUAUUAUCUGAGUAUGUUGUGGGCACAAUUGAGGCUGCAUCAGAUUCUUGGGGCAUUUCUGUCAGCUUCAUUAGCAUAAUUCUGUUGCCAAUCGUUGGGAAUGCAGCAGAACAUGCAGGAUCAAUUAUAUUCGCUUUCAAGAACAAGUUGGAUAUUUCUCUCGGAGUAGCUCUGGGAUCUGCCACUCAGAUUUCAAUGUUUGUGGUCCCUUUAUGUGUUGUUGUUGGGUGGAUAAUGCAUGUCCAUAUGGACCUUGAUUUCAGUCUUCUAGAAACUGGUUCUCUUGCUUUCGCAAUCAUUAUCACAGCCUUCACUUUACAGGAUGGAACUUCACACUAUAUGAAAGGGGUGGUUCUUUUCCUAUGCUACAUUGUUAUAGCAGCAUGCUUCUUUGUUCACAAAAUACCCCAGAGUCAACUUACUAUUGGCAAACCAUUCACUGGAGUCUUUGCUGCUUAGUUGGGUCAAGAAUGAGGUGCACCACAGCGUUUUGGAUCCUACAGAAAAUGAGAGGUUAUGUGAACGGGGAGAGCUAUACAAAUUUGAGGAUGGUAGCUCCGGAAUUAGUGGGAAUUCCAUCGAAGAAGAAGAAGAAGAAAAAAAAAAAAAGAGAGAGAGAGCUUGUGAUGGUACAUGUUUGUAUAUAGCUCUUUCUUCUAAUCUAUGUCCUUCUGUAAUAAGUUUUCUCUUUUUGUUACUGAAAUUAAGUCUAAAUCAGUGGCAAAAAGAGUAUUGUUUUUCCUAUAUGGCUGCAAUUUAGUUUUUCAGUAAAAUAACACUAAAUUUCAAUCUACUAUUAUUAUUAUUAUUA